CCAGAGUCGGAACGCUUUUGAAAUCAAUCGUGAGACUUGGAGCGCAUUUUGUGGGUUAAUUUCAACUAUAAAUCAUUAUCAAGUUAAUCAUUUUGCUGCCCGUGAACAAGUUUAAUAUUUCGUCGGAGAAAAACGUGGGAAUCUGGCGCUGUUUCUUCACAACAUGCGGUUCAGUUGAAACUAGUGUGGAGUUGGUUUGAUUAUCAUUUCUACUUUAUUAUUGUCCACGAAUUUUGAAUAUUUUGGUUACAUUUUUCUCGCCACCGGAACCCAUCCGUCCCCCCGCUCUUGGGAUCAGAAGUCACACUGCUUAUUCCUUGCACCUUAAGUUCGCUGUCAUAUUUAUUUCGGUGUGAUUAACAGACUUGUGUAGCUCUCGUUUAUUGUCUUAAUGUUGAGAAAACUGUCAUAGUGUAAAGUACAAAUUUUCGUUGCAAAUUGGAGGAGUUUUUGAACAGCAGAGAAGCUCAUCCGUGUUUUUGGUAAUUCUACUUGAAGAUGUAGUAAUUCCAGUGUGGUUAUGGUAUACGAUGGGUCUUGAGUCAAAUAUAUUUGAGAUACUAUUGGCUAAUAUAUGAGGGAUCAAAAUUUCAAUCUCUCGCGCCUUUCAUAAACAUUUCAUGAAAUCAAAUUGAAUUCAUCAUCGGACGGAUUUUCAAAUGGCAGAGGGAACGAGAAAGAAUCCCUUGGAGUACCAACGCGAGUACAACGAGUUCAUGCAUAAGCUGAAAAGAUAUUUAGCUUCAAAAGAUAUGCCAAUGAAGAAAUUACCUCAAUUUGGUGGACAGGACAUUGAUUUGUAUCUUUUGUAUAAAACAGUGACAAAUUUUGGUGGUUGUCUAAAGGUGACUGACGAUUGUAAAUGGCAUGAAGUUGCAAAGAACUUUAACCUUCCUCAAAGCUGCCUUAACUCGGCAUUUGCAUUAAGGCAGUUGUAUGUUCGUUAUCUUCAAAGUUUCGAAAAGCUAUAUUUUCUGGGAGAGGAUGGCGAAGAUACUUCAUUACCACGACCUAACUUAUGGAGUCUUGCUAACAAUGCAUCACAAGUCAUUCCUCAAUUGUUUGACAGAGAUCCUUUGAGAAACUUCGAACGGCUUGUGUUAUCUUUACAAUCUGGACUUCCCAACGAAGUGGAUUUUGCAAUGAAUAUUUGCAUGUUGCUAUCAAAUGUGAAUAAUUCUGUGUUUAGCUUGGUAAAGGCGCCUUCUGUUAUUGACAUGAUAUUGGCUCAUGUUGGUAUUUUUGAUGAAGAUCCUUGUGGAUCAAGGGAUCUCUAUCUGCAAUGGUACAAAAAUUCAGGAAAGGAUUUUCUCAAGUUUUGGCAACGUGUCUUAAAUUGUGAAGAGAUCAAACAACUUCUGCCUACAUUCAAAGAGGAAACUGCUGUGGAAGAUGAAGAUAAUGAUGUGGACAGUUUGUUCAAUCUCGAGCAGAGUGUAGCUCACAAAGACUUUGAACUACAGCGUGUGCUACAGGUUUGCACCAUCUUGCAUAACUUUUCAUUUGACAAAACCGAUUCCUCUGUUCUGUCCUCACAUCCAAUGUGCAUAAGGUUCUUGAUGCUGUGCCUUCACAGCAAAAUUGGUUCGCUGAAGAAACUGGCGACAGAUACCAUUGCGAACCUCGCUGAUAAGAUGAUUUUAGAGCCGGUCGAAUCUUUGAAUUCGCAACUGUUGUUCUUCAUGAUCGACUCCUAUCUCAACGGUUGUGAUCGCUACAACAGGCUUUGUGCCAUCAACGUUUUACGGAAAUUAUGCCUCAGGGAAGAGAACCACGAGUUUAUAUGCAACGCUUUGGACGUGCGAAUCUACGAGGUUCUCGUGACUAUUUUGCUUCUGGAAGACGUGCAGCUAUUAAUAGCAUCACUUGAAGCGCUUUACCAGUUAACUAAUCUUGGUCAAGUUCCCUGUGAUUAUGUCGUAGCUGUGGAAAAGAGUAUCGAAAUUCUUGUUGCUAUACUCCACGUUUGCGUGGAGUCUUUCAAUGCCGACAUGUUGGCUGAGAUGAAAGUGGUGGAUAACUACCAAGGGACUGUAGUAGUUUCAUCUACUGCGUCGGCAGGUAAACAUUUGCAGCAAAAAUCGCUUGCAAGCAGCAGCACAACAGAGGCGAGCCAUGUUUCGGAUGCUGAGGCCGAGGUUAUCGCCCAUCAUUGGCUUCGUAAUCUUUAUGAUGUCGAUUCCUCGAGCUCUGUACUUCAACGUGAUCUUUAUGCGGAUUACAUGACGUCUUGUGGUAAAACAGCGAAGAAUACUCUCAAUGUUUCCUCGUUCUUCAAAAUUGUCAGGUCUCUGUUCCCAAACUUACAAAUCGUUAAAUUGUCUGGUGGAGGUCAAACUCUUUAUGCUCUUGUGGGGAUGAGACGUAAGCUGCCCCCUGGUCAAUACUUCAUGCAAGCGCCUGCAAGUCAUCCUGCCCCCUUACCGCAGGCAAGUUUGCCACCUUCAACCCGUACUAUGCAGAAAACUGCAUCAGCCCCUAUGGAUCCUAGUCAUUUUAGAACAUUACCCACAUCGCCAGCGGCUGCUAAUAUUCCCAAUCGUCCACAGUCUCCUUUUCGUGGUCAAAGGCAUGACGCAAUACUCGCAGCCGGUGGACAGUCUGCUAGUUUACAAUCGAAUGUAAGACCCGUAAACUCUGCCUCUUUGCCUGUUGGUAUGAGUGCUUCAGAGUACUUGGGAAGUUUAGCCGGUUCAAAACAAGGUGUUCAAAAUAAUGUUUCUACGAUUUCUUGCUCCAUUGUUUCAAACACGGCUUCACGUUUAGCUGCUCCUGCGUCGUUAAGUCAUGAACCAAUCAGCGUCAACUCGACUUCGAAAGGAAGCCCGGUGGGGGUGACUUCAAUUCCUAGUUCCUUUCAAUCAGGUGCUGUCUCUAAUAUUGCUAGCAAAACGAAUGGCAAUCACGCGAGCAACAACAGUAAAGCCCAUGGAUACACCAUGAACGCAUGCAGCAAUAGCGUGAAAACACGUGUUCAAACUAUUUCGAACGAAAAUCGUAACAUCAUCGAUAAAACAGCAACAGUGAAUGGGACUGGGGAUAAGUCGAAAACUUUAAACUCGUGUUCUCCAUUGCAAACAAGCGCUCCCGUUGCAAAUGGACCCACGGUCAACGGCGCUCUUUACGUUGGUGAAGAAGAAUCAGCUGCAAAAGUUUUAUCCGAAUGCAGCGAAGUAGUUAUUUCCGUUGUGGAGAAUUCGCGAGCAACUACUAGACGACCGAGUGAUGAGGUGUUUCCUGGUGGGUUGGUAUCAACUAAGAAAAGACCACCAUCCAUACUGGGUGAUGUCACAGCCAAGGAUGGGGAACAAACUUUGCUCAUUAAUGGCCCAUUUGUCGCGAGCGAAAUGUUACGGAACGUUGCUAAGCGUCAGCGAAAACAAUCGCAAACCACGUCACACUUAAAUGGGUCUUCGGAGCAAAAAGGUCUGGGGGCUUGGGACGAAAUUGUAAAAACGCAGGCGAAGCCUCCUUUGACUUUGCCAAAGCUGCCGAUUGCAGUAAAUGGGGUUCGACUGGACGUUUUAUCUGAACCUAUAAAGAACCAUAAUCCUGGAACAACUACCAGCAGAGAAGUUGGUAAUAUGUCACACAGCAAUACCAAUGCUGGUAUUAACCACAACACUGAAAUCGCUGGCAAUGGUGGUAGCAAUGCAAAUGUAUCUGUCAGUAACUUUGAGAGUACAAAAAGUCGAAGUGCUGCCGGUGACGUUGCGAUGAGUGUUGGCAAUAGUAGUUCGGUCAAUGCUGUUUUAGCGGCAAGAAAAAAUGCGGAUGUAAGCGAAUCUUCUGGAGUCGUAACCGAAUCUUUGCCAUCUGUGAAUUCACGUGAACAAACUUUGAUUAGUAAUUCUGUAACUACGGUUGCGGAUAGUGCUGUUCGUACUACGGUUGGAAUCUCAACUCCACAAGAUGAGAAACAUGAGAGCAAUUCCCGGGUGGAGAAAUCACCCGCUGGGGUUUCAACAUUUAGAUGUUUGUGGGCUGGUUGUGAUAGUUCAUUUUCAAACUCGAAGUUGUUAUAUAAUCAUUUGGUCAGCGUUCAUGCACCAAAGGAACAUAUGUUUACUUCAUGUCAGUGGGAAGGCUGUAAUCAUGUUCGGCGAUCGAGAUCGUCACUGCUCUUCCAUUUAAGGCAACGUCAUUUGUCUUGCACACGAGCUAAAGACUUCAAACCCGUUAAGACUACUCCACCUGCCAGUUCCACUAAUCAACCCAGUGGAUCACAGCCUACACCACCUGCUCCUGCACCUCAAGGGCGUCCAAUGUACCAUCCACAUCCCUCCGUUAACCCGUUGCUAUUAAAUCUAAAAGAGCAAUUGUUACAUACGGAACAGGAAUCGCCUUUGACCAAAUCUGCUCGUCUAACAUCGGCUCUUGUGCUACGAAACAUAGCCAGAUAUUCGCAAUCGGGGAGAAGAAGAUUAAAGCGUUUCGAGUCGUCAUUCGCUGAGAUAAUCUGCUCAAAAGUCGAGUCAAGUGGUGUAAUCGCCGUUUGUCUUCACGAAUUAACACGAUUGCGCAAGGAAGACACGCUUCCAAAGAGAUGACCGUCAGAAACGGGGCUAAAGGGAUUUCGGGACCUAUAUUAUUUAUUAUGUAUUAUAUGAAAUAUUCAAAACCGUCUAUUAUAAAAAAUUAUGAACAACUUACAUCUUUUGUUCUGGAUGAUCUAUAAUUGCAGCAAAUGUUGGUGAUCAAGGCGAGCCCUUCUCCUCAAUUUCCGAUUGAUGGGUUUUAUAGUAUGUGUGAAGCAUUUGUGUUUCAUGUCACUGUCCAGUUUUAACCACACAAAAAGGAUCAAUCAAAUUUUGAAAAUUUUGCUGAAAUCAUUCAAUUCGAUAUAAAAGUGGAGAAUAAUCAUUAGGCUGAGAUUACAAUCAAACUCGUCAAUCUGUUUUUUUUGCUUCUUGUAGCCAGUUGAAACGCAAUCAGAGAAGUGUAAAUUUAUAAAAUGAGAUAGUUGAUUUAUGACUGCAGAGAGGCUCUAAGUCCUGACGUAAAUUUAUGUUACACCGAACUGAAAAGUCUGAAAGUAACGGCAACUCUCUCGUUUACGCCCAAUGCCAUUUUCCACACAACGUAUAUGGUUUGUCUAUACAGGUUUUGCUUUCCAUAACAAUAUACCCUCCCUCCCUCCUUUCUCGCCAACACCACCUUCGUUUGUCGCUUGUGUAUAAAUUAUCUCGAAUGAUAGACCAACGUUGGCUAUAAAUUGCUCGAUUUGUAUUGAUUUAGGUGAAAGUGUUGUCGAUAUACCGUAAUGUACCUGUACAUAUAUAUUUAUUUCGAAGAAAUUUCUCGCUGUUUCUUUGUAUCGUAAACUGUCGUUAUAAUCUUUUAAAUGUUCACGUUUUACUGUUGAAGUAUAUUUACACGACUGUUGUGUUUUUACUCGGUCA